CAUCAUGCCUGCUGAGGAUAAAACACCACAAAAGGCUCGCCAGAGGAAAAAGAACAGGAAGUCCAUCUCCAAGCGGAAGAGCCCUGGUGGGAGCCCCAGUGCCCACCAGGGAGGUACCUUUGAUGGACAGGAUGAACAUAUUUUACCUUCAGUCCUCCAGCCUGUUCCUAAGAAACAGGCAGAGGAGAAGCCGGAAGUCUCAGUGGCAGAGGUGGAGGAGGAGUCGUCCAUAGCUAUCUGUCUUCAGGUGCUUUUUCCAUACUUGCUGGCUGGGAUGGGCAUGGUGAUGGCCGGCAUGGUGCUGGACAGUAUACAGCACUGGGAGGUGUUUAAGGUGAUCACCGAGGUGUUCAUCCUGGUGCCUGCGCUGGUUGGACUCAAAGGAAACCUGGAGAUGACCCUGGCUGCUCGGCUCUCCACUGCUGCCAACACAGGCCAAAUGGACGACCCUGACAAACAGUGGACGAUGGUGUGCAGCAAUCUGGCACUUAUACAGAUUCAGGCCACAGUGGUGGGCUUCCUCGCUGCCAUGGCCGCCGUGUGUUUAGGAGCAGUUUCUAGAGGAGGAGUUGAACUGGACCAGGCAGCAGUCCUGUGUGCCAGCAGCAUCACCACUGCGUUUGUAGCUGCUCUCUCUUUAGGCCUGGUGAUGAUUGGAGUGAUCAUCGGCUCCAGGAAGGUGGGGAUCAACCCUGACAACGUGGCCACUCCGAUCGCUGCCAGUCUGGGUGACCUGAUCACCCUGUCCCUGCUGGCUGGGGUCAGCAGCACUCUCUAUGAGCACAUAGAUAUUUGGUACCUGUCCCCCCUGGUGUGCCUGUUUUUCCUGGUUCUGAUCCCUCUCUGGGUGGUGGUUGCCCGACAGAGCCCUCAAAUCAGCGAGGUCCUUCGCUCAGGAUGGCAGCCAGUUAUAGUGGCCAUGUCCAUUAGCAGUUUUGGAGGGCUUAUACUGGACAAGACAGUGAGUGAUCCCAACUUUGAGGGCAUGGCUGUCUUUACCCCUGUCAUCAAUGGAGUCGGAGGUAACCUGGUGGCCAUCCAGGCCAGUAGGAUUUCAACAUACCUGCACUUAUGGAGCAUCCCAGGGGUGCUGCCCGACAAGAUGAGGCAGCACUGGCCCAAUCCUUGCAUCACCUUCUUCUCCUCAGGGGUGAACUCCAAAUCAGCCCGUGUGCUGCUGAUGCUGGUUGUCCCUGGUCAUCUGGUUUUCCUCUACGCCAUCUCCCUGCUGCAAGGAGAUGAGGCACCUAUCACCGUAGCCUUCACCCUCUGCUACCUUUGUGCUGCUCUGCUGCAGGUGACGAUCCUCCUCUGUGUUGCUGACCUCAUAGUCCGUCUGAUGUGGAGGAGGAGUCUGGACCCUGACAACUUCUCCAUCCCCUAUCUGACCGCCCUGGGGGACCUGCUGGGCACUGGCUUCCUAGCCCUCUGUUUCCGCUGUGUCUCUCUAAUUCAGAGCCUGGCUCUAUGAAUUUUUCCCUUUUACCCAUGAACUCUUUAGCCUGCUGCUGUUUUGUUGUUACAUUUACCCAGAUAUGCUUUUGACUGGAUAAAAAAAAAAAAAAAAAAGCAUUUUCUGAUCUUUAUCACUGGGCCAGUUCAUGUCAGAUAAUUUGUCACAAAUUCUUUCCACUAAUGGAGAGAGCACAUGUGGCACCCACCAUGCAUGUAUGAACACGCCUAGUUCUUUAGAGUGCAGAAGUGUCUAAACACUUUAGUUCUGUCCUUCAACACCUUUAUUACUCUAUAGUGGACUUUAUUUUAAAACCAUUCCUCUUUGUGUAUAAAUGGGCCAUAUAUUUUCAGUUUGUUAGGAUUUAAUGUUUUCCCUGACUAGUGAGAUAAAAUCAAAAUCCACUAGAAGCUAUUGUUAAAGGAAAUUUUGGGAAACACACUUAUUUGGUUUCUGACUAAGACUGACAACCCUCAUGUCUGUAUGCUACAUAUGAAGCUACAGCCAAGCUAAUGUAGCUUAGUGCAAAGACCGGAAACAUGGAAACUUGCUAACUUGGCUCUGUUCAAAGCUAAUCAGAAAUAUGAAAACAAUUUCCUGUUUCUUUGGAAUUAUGUGCCAAAGUAUGUUUUGAUCAGAAACUUGUUUUUCAAUUCAGCUUCAUCAAGAUAAUUUAAUAACAUUUUAAUGUGUUAAAUGUUUGAGAUGCUUGUAGGUGGAUUUUGCCCAGAUUUUCUUAAUUCCUGUUUCUAGUUUCUGUGCUAAGCUAAGUUAGCCAGCUGCUGGCUGAACCUAAUCUCUCAUUAAAUAAUGGCAAGAAAACAAAUAAGCAUAUUUGAGACAAUGUUCAACUUUUUCUUUAGGGGUUGGAAUAGGGCCUGUGCAUUGUACAAAUCACUAGUCAAAGCUACAAUCAUAAUCCUGUGCACAACUCCCUGAAACCAGCUGAGCUUUCUGACGCAAAUCUUCCACUACAGAAAAGUAAAUUUCAUAGCACCAAAUACCAAGUCACCAAAAUACAAAGCAGGCAGAGGUGAAAGGGUGACACAUUUGUGCCCACUGAUUAUUCAACAGUUCUUACUUAAAACCCUCAUAACCCACCUCAAAAACUGUCUGCAGAGCAUCUAGUAUUCGCAGAUGGUGAUUUGCUUGUUGUUGCAUAUCCACAAAGCACAUAUGGUCUUAAUAAACUAUCAUGUGCACAUAAUAUGUUAUAAUUAGAAGCGGUGAGAUUGUUUUUCAGGUUCUGCAUCAAAAUAAAAACACUUCUGACAAUCAAGCACCCUGAAGCCUGAGAAAUCCACAACUCUUCUAUUCAUUUUCAGUUUGCCAAAUCCAGAAUCAGUUAACUAAUUUCCAUUCAACCAGUGAUUUAUUUAUAUCAGAUAAAUACUAUUUAAAAAUGCCAUAAUGAGCUUCUCAGAAUGUUGAACCUAAAACUUUUCUACAUUCAACAAGAGCACAAAAUUAUGUAAAAAUAAUUUAAUAGAUUAAAUUGGAAACGCAUUCCACAGUUUUAAUAUUGUGGACCAAGGAUUUUCUCUUUCUGGCAAAUGCAAAACUACUUAAACGUAACCUUUUUUUUUUUUUUAGGGCUACAUGUGCAAAACCAUUGAACAAUUAAAAACCCUGCACCAUUAACAAGGGUAUUGUCAAUGUGCAUGAUUUAAAAAAACAAAAAAAGUAUCCCAUACAACCACAUAAAGUAACACAUGCUUCAACUAAGUCCAGAUCUCCACGUUAAUGAUCGAAAUACAGACAGGACAGAGACUGAUAAAUGUGUGUUUGGGUUGACAUCAGCCUGAUGCCUGCAGACAACUGCUAGCUAGCGUUAGCUCUCCAACAGGUGGUUCACUCCACUUCAGCAGCCUCACAUCUAAUAGCCAGAGAUGAUCUCUUCAACAAAACAAACCAAGAGCUCAGAUCAGCAUGCAGAGUGAUUUUUUUCAGUCUGUCCUUAUAAAUACAAUCUCUAAAUCCACUAGGAGAUCACAACAGUCUGGUAAACUUAAAAUGUUACGUGCAGUUUGUAACAACUCGUUUUCCACUAAGAAAUUUUUCACACCAUGCAGACAAAACUGAACUACUUACAAGUAACUAAUGUGUGCAUGUAACAUUUAGUGCAGUUGUGUUUACUGAGAAAAGGCACAAAUACAAAUAUUGAUCACAGGAUUUCAAAAAUUGAUAGUGGGUCAAAGUAUCUAGCCCUAAUAGAAAUCACAAUAUGAAAACAUGUUUAGCAAGAUUUUUUUUCUAUUAUUGUGAAUUUUGUGCUGCCAUUAAAUGUACACAUAAUACACAUGCACAAGUAUUUCUUUUCAACUAUUUACACGUUUACAUUAUCUAUAUGACUGAGGAGGAUCUUGGAUAUUUCCGCACUACUUGAUACAAACAGCCCCUUUAACCGAGGGUUCACAGAGCCUUACUAUUCAUUACCAUUAAAAACCAUAAAACCUCAUCAUUACAGCAUAUACUGUACCUUCACACAUUACUGGUGAAUUUGUGUACAGACAUGCAGUGAAAUGCACAGAUUUGACAAGUGGAUGUUUUAUGUUCAGCGCAGCCUGUAACUGAAUUCAGAAAUCAACUUUAACUCCAGUCUGCUUCUGUCUCUCCUCCGUCUGUACUAGGCAAGCCUGUGAUGCACCCACAUUUUUCUGCUCAAGAAAACAUUUUUUGCAUACAUUUAGGGCGUUCUGGCUGAAUUUGCAUAGAAUUGUGCUUUUCCACUGAUUGCAUAUGCAUUCAUGCCAUGUCUAAAAUCCGCAUUCUGUCUAGACACACGGUAUGAUCCAUUUAACAUUUAAAAGUCACGUUUAAGCACUUUCACAUCCCAAUUACAUAUUAUUUCUGUUCACAUAAAUACAAAAAAAAACAAACACUUGGUAUGGGUAAAAAAAAAAAACUGCAAAAGCACAGUAUUUACUUAUAAACAGUGUGAAGGACUACCUAUUUCUGUGUAUUUGAGGUUCAUCCCGCAGAUUUACAACAUAUCGCAACAUACCAACGUCCAACUACAAUCAUUAAAUAACAUGGAACAUCUACUGUUUGCUGUUACUACUUGUACCAUUUUUUUGGAAACACUUAAAUCUGAAGCUUUUGUUUGGCAUUUCUGCAAAUCUGUCUUGUCCAUGACUAAAUAUUUAUGUGAGGUAUUUAAUUGUUAACAGUGCUUUGCUAAAAGCUUUUCUUGUGACACUGUUACACAGUACUUUCUACACUAGAAGGUAAUGAAAUAUAGAUAUGUCCUGUUUGAAUCAGUUUAUUUCACUUAAGCUUAUUAGGGCGAGAUUGUUAACUGUGAUACUGUGAGACUCCAAACACUGCUAAGGUUGUCUUAUAUGUGCGCCAGCACAUAAGGUUGUUUUAAUCAGCUGGGCUGGAUGAUAAGACCUAAAUCUCUAUCAUUAUUAAUUGGCACAUUUAUACGUACAGUCUCUGGCCACUUUAUUAGGUACAACUGUACGCAAGUCAGUGCAACAAUUCUGCCCUGGGUCAGCCGAGGCUCAAACCUGGAAGCUUCUUACUGUGAAGCGACAGUGCUAACCAGUGCGUCACAUGUUUAUCAGUGAGGUCAAAGUUAAAGGUGGUGGUGUACUGGACUACAUUAUAUUCAGAGGUGUUCCUCAU